AUGCCUCCCAGACCACGAAAGCCCAGCGUGAGUAAGGGAGGUCAAAAAGACCCCGUGCAAGAAACAGCCAGAUUGAUCCGCAAUGACCCAUCUCGGCCAACAGCCUCAGAGCUCAAAGAUAUUCUCGAAGACAGGUUCACGCCAAAUGCGAUCCUUAUGAGUGAGGAUAGUCAGGAGUCGCGGACGGGAGCCACACAGACGGCAGAGAUUGGUGUUCAUAUGGUAACAGGUAUCCCGAUACGAACCCGAAAGGUUACACAACAGCCAUCUAGCCCGAAUAUCCAAGAAGAUUCUAGAGCUGCCGAAGCUUCUGCAAUGCAUGAUCGAGCACCUUUGAACAGGAACACCGAAAUUAAAUUGGUACAUCCCUUGCCAUUUGAUGAAUUGUCGGCAGAUAGCUCGAAGAGACGGAAGAUUGAAGAGACCAAAAUAAUGGGCUAG